AUGAACGCCAACGACGGAGAGGAGACGAAACCGGAUAAUGCAUCCCCCAGCAAAAAUGACAAAUCGAAUAAACCCAAACCACAUUUACGGAAGGCAGCCGGGGUUGUGUGGAAGGACCCAUCAUUGGAUGACUGGCCAGAAAAUGACUUUCGAAUUUUUUGCGGAAAUUUGGGAAACGAAGUGACUACGGACAUUUUGGCAAACGCGUUUAGAAAGUACAAAUCGUUUAACAUGGCAAAGGUAAUUCGCGAAAAAAGGAACAACAAAACGAAAGGCUACGGUUUUGUGUCUCUCUCGAGCCCACAAGACAUGCUAGAUGCAUUGAAAAAUAUGAACAAUAAAUUUAUUGGCAAUAGACCAAUCAUAGUUAAAAGGAGCAAGUGGAAAGACAGAGAAGUAGAUUCCAAAAAAAAUAAAGACUUUGAUAGCUUCAUCCAGAAUACGUAUGUUCCAUCCAAGAAAUUUAGGAAAUUUAAAAAACCCGUCAAAAGUGAUAAUAAAGAAGUGCAUGACAAAUUGAUAAACAAAAACGGAAAGAACUACUGAAUUGGAAAUGGUUACUCUGCGGAUGAAGAAAAUGAUUCCCCAUUUAUCUUAGCGAGCAUACCCCCUUUUGCGCAUUAUCGCGUUUUCAUUUUUGCCGAUAUGUGGAGGCCCCCCGUUGGUCUCGUUUCAAAGUUUGCUUUGGAUCAUUUCCCCCGCAUAAUCCUUUUUCUUUUUUUUUUUUGUUCUUUGUAAUUUUAAUUAAUUUUUGUGACCUUUUUAACAAAAAUUUAGCAG